AUGGACUCCCCUUCGUCUGCGGGCCCAGUCAUCAAGAAGCAGGAGGAGGAUGACAAGAACGAGAAACGCGACAUCAAGCCUGUUCCCAAAACAUUGAACAGAGUUCCUCGUGCUUGCAAUGCAUGCAGGAAGCAGAAAAUGCGAUGCGAAGGCGCCGACAACCCUCCCUGUAGGCGCUGUCGGAAUUCCGGCCUCGAAUGUCUUUUCGAGAAACCCUCACGGGAAGCUACUCUCACCGGUGAAGCUGGCCUAGAACGCAUUCGCAACCUUGAAGCCCAUGUUGCUGAUAUUCGUGCGACCCAAGGCAGCAUCUUAAGCACCCUCUCAGAGAUUCUACAUAGCGUGCGAGGAGGGGGAUUACCAGCCCGAUCACCCUCUACCUUCGCCUCCUCUUCAUUCCAGCAAUCGCCAAGCCUUACCUCCCCUUCUCUUUCAACACCCACCGCUGGCCACCAACAUGUUUCUCCACCUGGAGGUAACUCUUUCACUUCAUCUAGCUCCUCUGUAAAACAGCAUCGUCCGUCUUUACCAAACGUCUAUCAAGUCCAAUCAUCUCCAUCAGGGCCUCCGGACGAUAUGCAUUCUGCUCAUCUCUCUCCAAUGUACGGAAACUAUGGGCAGGGGGCUCAGGGUGGUCAGCCUUACAAUGCACAUACCCAGUCUUCUCAAGGCCCGGUACUUCCUCCAUUUUCAAGUAUUCAGGCUAUGGGCCCACCAGUCUCCCAACAGAGCAAUGUCUCGUCUUUGCGUUAUCAGCAAACCGAUCCAAGCUUCCAAAGGACUUCAACGGCGGGAAAACACCCUGGCCCUAGUUCUGGUUCCAAAAGACAAGCGCCGCCGUCGUCAAAUGUCACCAGCGCUGACUCUUCUGACAUUGAAGAAGAUGACGAUGGGUUGCCGGCGACUGGUCUUGUUGCACCAUGGGAAGUUUUACGCGGCUUAGCAGACGUUGCUAUUCAAAGAGCAUCCAAGAACGGAAACGGAGAUGGGAGUGAACCUCACAGUCGAACGAGGACACCAUCGCCCGAGCGACAAUCCAGACCCAACAAAAGGCGAAAGACACGCCAUAAGGUGGUACAGACUCCAGCUUUCCAAGACGUCGUUACUAAGGCUAUCAUCGCCGAAGAAGAGGCGAGGGAACUUUUCAAAAUCUUCUAUCAUGGGUGUUCAACUUUCCUGCCCGUCUUUGAUUCAAGCACGGACACCUAUGAGGCUUUACACGACAGAUCACCGUUUGCUGUGGAUGCAAUAUGCAUGGUGGCCGCUCGUGUCCGUGACGGUGGAGGUGCAAUAUCCGAAACACACCGUAGUUGCCUCGAGGAAGUUCAGAAGAUCUCCUCGGCUACACUGUUUGCACCAGUUACGCGGAGUGAGGCGGUCCAAUCCAUGAUUCUUGUCUCCGGUUGGUCGGACAAUGGUUGGCUGAGUGGUGGCCACGCCGUACGAAUGGCAAUGGAACUAUCGAUGCACAAAGCCUGGCCAAAGCUUCUCAAGCGUAUGAACACAAACAAAGUGGACCCUAAUGAAGAUCGGCAUCUAGUGAUUGCCUCCAGGACUUGGUUCUGUCUCUAUUUAUUCGAGCAUCAACUAUCCUAUGGUACAGGACGACCUGCUGUACUCAAAGACGACGAGAGCAUACGAGAUUGUCGCUAUCUUCUGAACCAUCCUUUGGCGAUAGAAGAUGACAUGAGAUUGGUGUCUACGGUCGAACUGAUCGCAAUCCGUGAGCGAGUACAUGAUGCCCUUUGCCCUCUUGAGGGUCCCGUGAAGCCCGAACAUUUGGAACAAUUGCGCAGAGCAGACGUCGAUUUCAAGCACUGGUAUUCUUCCUGGGAUGUUGCCUUCUCGAGGAAGUAUGAAAAUGCCGCCUUCUACCGACAAAGUCUUGAAAUUCAGCAUCUUCACGCCGAACUUUUCCACAAUGCAACUGCACUCAGAGGCAUCAAUGGACCAGAAGAUGUGCAAAACAUGCCUCCUGCCCAGAAGGAGCUCGCCAUUCGAUCUAUUGAAAUUGCUAGCAAAGGAUUGGACAUCACGGUAAAUAGUCCAGCAUACAGAGAAGGCAUGAAAUAUGCCGUGCACUAUACCCACGCCACUGCUACUUUUGCGGCGUCUCUUCUUCUACGCCUUGCGCGACUAUUCCCCAAUGAUUGUGACAUUGUCGAAGUCAGAGACCGAGUCGAUCGCCUCGCGCGUCUCAUGGCCGAAAUUCCUGGAAAGCGCUAUGCAUUGACGUUGCAGUUGAUGCUAAAGCGGUCGAAAAGAAGACAAACUUCCCGCUCUCCGAAGGUGUCUCGCGACUCGCAGAGAUCCCUAAUCAUGCCCGUGGACCAAGCGCCGAACCCCCACGCUCCUGCAGUCACAAACACACAAUACAGAGCGGUAGAACCUUUCUCUCCAGUCUACGAAACAACCUAUCGUGCAGACGUGUCUAUGCACCAUGCCGGACAUGUUCCGGCGAUGAACCAAAUGCCGCAAAUGUUUACCCAACAUGUUGGGCAUCCAACCUUCACGGAAGCGGAUCAAAUCCUCGAGACGCUCGACCGGACCGAUGUUGCCCAGCUUCCUGUCUGGAUCUCGGACCAAAGUCUUGGAGGACAAUCAUUUUCUCAGCACGGCAUGGACGCCUUCAUCAUCCCUACGGAAUACCUCCCGGCUGCACCCCAAAUCUGGUAG